AUGGGUAAACCUUUUUUCUCUACAUAUGACAACAUGGGAGGAGUUCCUGCUAUCCCUCAUCUGCGCACUCACUUUUCACAAGCUGUUGCUUGCAGUUCUCUCCAUAACGUGUGGGUGAAGAGAGAAGAGAGAAGAGAGGAGCGUUUGGAACUUCAGCUGCGGGAACGAAGGCGCAAGAAUGCCUUGUGACAAAGUGUGGAGGCUUCGCCACAUUUACUGUGAGGGAGUUUGAAGAAGACUCGCAUCGUGUUGUUUAGAGUCGCCUUCUUGGCUGAGUAAGAACAGUCCACCUCAGAAACAGUGUUAAUUAAACAGCAGAGAUGAGACUGAACUUUUCAACUAGUUGGAUAUUCCGAGGCUGGAUAACGUGUGUGCUCAUCACCUUGUACGCACAGCAUGUGGUCUCCAAAUCUCUGAAGUGCAAUGAAAAUCAAUAUUUAAAAAGCUCCAGAUGCUGCGAGAAGUGUCAGCCAGGCUUCCGUGUGUUUUCUGACUGCAGCGACUCCCAGCAAACUAAAUGUGUUCGAUGUAGCCGUGGUGAAUACCAGUCUGACUGGACUGAUGAGAAGCGCUGUCUCCAGCAGAAAUUCUGUGACCCAGUGAAGGGUUUUAUGGAGAGGCCUGAAAAUCUCAUGGCAGAGGAGCCGUGUCGCUGCCGCCCCCCACUCCAGUGCCAUCCCAUCAACUGUGAGUUCUGUGAGAGCAUACCCAUCUGCAAUCCUGGACAAGGACUCAGAGUGGACCCUGAGUCUACUAAUGGAAGGAUGGACUGUUUUGCAUGCACUAAGGGUUUCUUCUCUGCUGGCAACCAUGAACAGUGCAAACCUUGGACUAAUUGUAAGGCUGAGGGCAGGAGUGAGACACAGCCAGGUAGCGCUCAAGCCGACGCAGUGUGUGGACUACCUGUGUCUGGUGCACCACCCUCCUGGGUUAUAGUUUCAGUUCUGUCUGUCAUUACUGUUCUGUGCCUCCUCAUCCUACUCCUCUUCUGUUAUAAGGACAAACUGAAAUUACUGUCUGUAAAUCUGCGAUCCUGUGUUCAAAAUCUGAAGAGGACUAGAAUACAGCAGGAGACCUUGGCCCCUCUUUACCACAGUGGAGGUCCCAAAUGUGCACCAUGUGAGACAACCAAACUCAUCUGCCAAUCACCACGCAACCCCACAGAUGAGUCCUCGUGCACAUUGCCCUCUUCAGAUCCUGAUAUAAAGGUCUCGCUGCCUUUCACAGGGGAAUUGACAGAAAAAGAGGGGACUAAUGGGAAGACGGUGAAGGAGGAUCAGAGCGAAGGGUCUGGAGAACCAGAGGAGGUGUCAGAAGAAGAGGACGUUGUGAGCGUGCCUCCUCUUUUGGCAGGCUCUUGUGUGUGUGUCAUUCCCAUUUGUGAGCCACUGGAAGUAGGGGAGAAUGAGGACUGUAGCCAGGCCGUCAGCCCCGGGACGCCAGGCACCUGCUCAUGCCGAGGACUAGACGGAGAGAGGGGUGGAGAUGAGGGUGGGAAAGAGAAGAGUGAGAGUGUAAGGGUAGAUAAUGGUGGAGAAAAGGGUGGUGGAAAUCAAGAAACGAUGGUUUUGUCCAAGAGUGAGACAGGUUGUGCAUCUCUUCCUCCUCUUCCACCUCCCCUCUUCCAUAUCUCCUCAGCAGCCCCUCCAUCCAAUCCAUCUCCUGAAGUGCGCCUGCCAUUGUCCCAGGCUCAGGUGACAGCGAGGCUCAAAAAUCACUUGACUGACAGGUCACUGGUUAAACAGGAGGAAUUAUGUAGCCUGGCAAGCACAGACACCACCUCAACAGAGGACAGUACAACCUCUGCGAUGACCUCUGUCAGCCACCUGGUGGCUUCCUCAUCUGUUGGAGAUCUCUACAUGGACAAGCCCCUGGAGGCCUCGAGCCCAGAGAAAGGCCAGAGACUUUUCUGGGAAGACAGUAGUGGAAACAAGCUCUCUUCUGAGGAGUCAAAACUGGAGUGUUCACCUGAGAGCCUCCAUAGUCAGUUGGCUGAACCAACUGUUAAUUCAGCUCAGGUGUCAAGGAACCACAGUACCACCUUCAUCUCCAGUGGUCAGGUGAUGAACUUCAAUAGCGACGUUGUCGUUGUCUAUGUCAGCCAGACAUCUCUUGGCAGUGAUGGGGCAGGGCAGGAUGAUGCCUUUGGAAGCCCUGUCCAAGAAGAGGCCGUUGAGACGGCUCCAUUUUUUCAGAGCAGCCUGGUGUCACAAGGGGACUUUUCCCACAUCACCUCGCGAGAGGAGGAGACACUGCCAGUCCAAGAAGUGAUGGAGGAGCAGCCAGUGGGGAAGUGAAAACUGACCAGUAGCUGUGUGUUAUCAGUCAGCACAGCGAUCAGCUCAGAUAGGCAUUGCAUCACCGUAUAAAUCUUAGCUCCCAAUGAAAUUACAAAAUAAUUAUGUCCUACUACAACAGCUUUCCAUACAAGAACUAGGAGAGGAAGGGGACUGGUCAGUAGACUGAAGAAGAAACCUUUAAAAAUGUGAAGCUAUCAUUCUAAGCCCAUGUAUUUUUUGGAAUGUAGUCUAACAUAAAUUUGUCCCAUUUCAUGCAUUGGUUACUGAAUCUUGCCUCAGGCAUCCCUGGUGUUUCUUUUUUCAACGUUCAGUUGAAAGCUGCAGUUUUCAUUCAAGAAAACCCACCAUGUUCUUGACAAUGAUAGGGAAUUUAACUGGGAAAUGAAUGUGGAGUCAGAGUUCAGACUGGAAGAACGCCAUGUUUUCAUGAUUGUAUGAAAACUUCAGCUGGACCUUGACACAAAGUGGUUGCUACAUUUCCUAUAGGGCACUUUUCAUUAUAAAAUAGCCCAGUUUAAAAUCUGUGGACUCUCAAUUUGACAUUUGGAUGAUUUCAAUAGUUUCCUUACAUAACAAUACACUAUAUCCAUGUAAAUAUAGUUGUUUGGUUUCACAGAAUUUUGUCAAAUUUUUAUAUGAAAAAAUUCUGUGUACUAGUUACAUUAAGAUUUUUCUGCAUCAAAUUAAAGAUUUUUUUUUUUUAAAUUAACAUUUAAAUCUUAAUUUCCCCCUUUUUGUUUUGUUGUGUCUAACAAAAGCAAUUUUACAGUAAGGAGACAUCCAGUUUUGGUACAAAGCUUGGUUCUCCUCUGUGCCGACUUUUCUCUCUUCUUAUUGCACCACAUGUGCAGUUUAUGAAAAAAAAAAAUGCUAUGCAUUUGAUAAGCUAUUUUAUUACUGGUUUUGUUAUGUUUCAUUGUGUUUUAAAGUGCAGGCAUUAAUGAAGAAAAGUAAAACUAUCAGGCUGUUUAUAAUGUUUUGUUUUAAAUAAUUUUACUAAAUAGGUUGUUUAUGUAAUAUUUCCAAAGAUUCAUAUGUGAUCAAUCUUUGUAUAUAUUUCAAAAGACAAAAAAACACAAUGUAUUUGUGAAAUGAGAAUGAAUAUUUCCUUUGUUGCUUCCUCUCAUUUGAUUAGUGAUAUGGACGAGUUAAGUUAAGUGGAGAUGCCAAACGCACACAUUCAAGGUGUUAAAAGGGACUGUUCAUAUGUAUGCAGCCUUGCAAAUAAUUAUAUAUACAUG